CGUGGGAGUUCUUUGUUGUUUGUUGGCCCUUGCUGCCUUUGACAACACAAUAACUACGCCGCGACUGCCCGAUUGCUGCCGUUUGUGGCUCGUCGAGGCCCCAGCUCAGCAAACAACAACACUCCUCUGCACGAACCACCAGAAACUGCCCCGCCGUCAUUUGACCGCCUGUUUCGCCAGCUCAUCACCACUCCUCGCAGACUUCCUCCCUCACCACCACCACCACCACCACCACCACUCCUCGACCUCCUCCUCGACGCCGCUCUGGUAGAAAUACCGAGCACCACACCGCCCCACCUCGACACCUCCCGACCCAUCUCGAAAAUCCUCACCAGCUGAGGUCAACCGCACAACAUGACGACCAUGGACCUCCGCGUGGGGAACAAAUACCGUAUUGGCCGCAAGAUCGGCAGCGGUAGUUUUGGUGAUAUCUACCUAGGCACCAACAUCAUUUCUGGCGAGGAGAUCGCCAUCAAGCUCGAAUCCGUGAAGGCCAAGCACCCUCAACUGGAGUACGAGGCACGCGUCUACAAGUCCCUCGCCGGCGGUGUCGGCAUCCCUUUCGUGAGAUGGUUCGGCACAGAAUGCGACUACAACGCAAUGGUUCUCGACCUCCUGGGUCCCUCUCUCGAAGACCUCUUCAACUUCUGCAACCGCAAAUUCUCCCUCAAGACCGUGCUGCUGCUGGCGGAUCAGCUCAUCUCACGCAUCGAGUACAUCCACGCCAAGAGCUUCAUCCACCGUGAUAUCAAGCCCGACAACUUCCUCAUGGGUAUUGGCAAGCGCGGCAACCAGGUCAACGUAAUCGAUUUUGGUCUGGCCAAGAAGUACCGCGACCCCAAGACUCAUUUCCACAUUCCAUACAGAGAGAACAAGAACCUGACUGGUACCGCGCGAUACGCCUCCAUCAACACACACUUGGGUGUCGAGCAAUCUCGUCGUGACGACAUGGAGUCGCUUGGAUAUGUCAUGCUGUACUUCUGUCGCGGCUCCCUCCCAUGGCAGGGUCUUAAGGCGGCCACCAAGAAGCAGAAGUACGACCGCAUCAUGGAGAAGAAGAUGACCACACCAACCGAGGUUCUCUGCCGAGGCUUCCCGAAUGAGUUUGCCAUCUACCUCAACUACACCCGCAGCCUGCGUUUCGACGACAAGCCGGACUACUCUUACCUCCGCAAGAUCUUCCGUGAUCUCUUCGUCCGUGAGGGCUUCCAGUACGACUACGUCUUUGACUGGACUGUGUACAAGUACCAGAAGAACGCUCAGGCCAUCGCUCAGGCACAGGGUCAACAGGGCACUGGUGACGAGGCCGAAGACAAGGCGGGCCGUCGUGCUCCUGGUGGCCGUACUGGUGGCUCCAACCUUCAACGCGCGGUCGCACCAAACACGAAAGAGGGCACUGGAAUGUGAGUGCGCACAAACACAUGACCUGCCUUCGUACUCUCGUCUUGCAACUUCGAUCCGCGAACAAGCGUGGUGCCGACCAGUCUUACAACAACUACUGAGCGAGUACGAAUGGCGGGGCUGCCGCACACAACUCAACUCUCGGGAGCUGCGUAGUUGAAUUUUCAACACGAUUGCUCGUCUCUGGAUCUGGCCUUGCUGGAUGCUGGAGAACUUUUUCUUAGUAUCGGUAUCGGUGCACGAGUACAUGGCUGUCUGAUCGAUCUUCACUUCUCGCAUGCUUCUAUUCAUCAAUAAUGGGGCACAAAUCUCGACUCGGCUUUCGGGAAGACUGUACCAUGGCUUUGACGAAAUCAACGAACAUGCUCUACUAAGGGAAGCGGAACACGAAGGGCAAGCAACAUCACUUUGCAGCAUGCAGCUUUCUGGCAGUGUCACUCGGCAGGGCUUUUGGCGUGACCUUUUUCAAGGACAUGCUGGACUUUCCUGCAGGCCUCUGGGCCACCGAUGACUUUUCUUUAUUGUCUGGCUCGGACGACGAAAACGACAAAACGACACAAAAAGAUUGGCUUUCAACACCACGAUUUCCUUGGCGUUUCUCUAACAAUUGCUUAUCCUACGGUUCUGUUUUAUUCUGCGCGCGGUGGUGGUGGUAAUGGCUUCGAAUGUGCAGAGGACGUCCGGGGAGGUAAUGAGGAUACAAGGGGACGGGGGGCUCUCUGAUGCAGUGGAAGUUGUCGCCGGUGCGGUCACGCCGGGUUUAUGGCCCAUUUGAUGUCCGAGACGCGGCAACGGAAGAGAAUACUUGAUUGCUUUCUGGUCUACAGGAUUUUAGGGAUGGCUUCUCUCAUGCGUUCUGCGUAGUGUAGCAAUGCAAUCGUCUUGCUGCCGACC